CAGCUUUGGCUUUGCGAAUCGUCAGCUUGCGAGUCGAGGUGUUCGGUAGUAAGUUUCGAGAAAGCACCGGCACACGGCACACAGUCGGCAAAGCCAAGCCAAACGAAGCGCAGUUCGUAGUAAAUAAUUGUAAUGCAGUAGUCGUGAUCCUUUCGCGUUCUUUUUGCCGCGCCGCGCCGCCGCCGCCGUCACCGCCGCCGCAGCAGCUGCCGCCGAUGUCGACGCGUCCGUCAUGCAAGUGUAGAUGUUACUAAUUUCGCCGCCACCGCCGCCGCCGCCGCCGCCGGAGGGGGUAGUUCCUCCAAACGCUCAAACUAACGGGUUCGCGGCUUUUACGAACGUGGCUUACGUUUAACUAGAAAUGAUGCCUCGCACCGACCACCGUCCCCCAGCCACGAUACGUAAACGUAACCACCGACGUAAUAGCAAAAUUCUCCCCUCGACCCCCGCGUACCGUCGUUUCUCUCUCGUUAACCGCCGGGAAAAUCUGCUGCGCUCCUUCGUCGUCUGUACCACUCGAGUCUUCACCAAACACGAGAUUACGUUGUCGUUUUUUAAACCAAUUUAAAAAGCAAAAGCGAGAAAAAAAUACCAACCGAUUCGCACCCACCUAAACUGCCAGAUUUUCUUUUACUUUUCUCCUUCUUCUUCUUCUUCCUUUUCAUCUUCGUCAUCUUCUCUUGUUGCGUUUUUGUUGUUUUGUCAUUUUCCUUCCUCGUACUCCGCAAUCUGCGCCUUUCCCAAAACCCAUCAUCCCCUUCACUCUCAGUCUCAGUCUCAACCAAAAAAAAACCCUAUUCUAUCAAUCUGCAAAACGCCAGCGAAUCUCUUUCUCGCACACCUCUUCCCAUCUGUCUGUUCAUCGAAUGUCAUCGCACCCUUAUUACAUGGUCAGUGUCGUCACCAACACCAACACCACCGCCAUCGUCAUCAUCGCACCAGCAUCAGACAGAAUCAUCGAGCAUCAGUCAUCAAAAUGCCCGCCACCUUGACGAAAUUUCCCACUGCGAUGAACAAGAAACCGAGGUGAAAAUCGUGUGUUUGGAACAUUGUGAAUCGCGUGAACUCGAGUACCUCGUAUAGAGAGAAUUUCUCGCCAAAACCCCCGGUGCCCCCCACCCCCCAACCGUUAGUGAUUUACUAGUGACGUGUGUGUUCGCGCGCUCUAGUGUUCUGUUUUGUUUUCAAGUGCGUUUCACUCGGUCACAUUCGAGUGUAUGGUCAUCUUGGUGCAUGUGGUUUGGAAACCCUUCUGCUUGGCAGAUCCCAGAUCCGGCAAUAAGGCAACCAGAUCAACAAAGAGGAUCAGACUCGUAGCCCUGCAAAUAUGCCGGUAGGAGCGACGUAAUGUGACGUGUGGGUAGAGACCAUCUUUAGGAGGUUUAUAUACGAGUAUAUAAGUGUGCAGAGCGGUAGAAUAAAAGGUAAGAGCAGAAGCCGCAUCCUGCCUACCCCUAGCAUAUCGGUGAUAAUUGUGGAAGAACAUUCCUCCUGACAGUAUGGCCUCGGUCGCCGCUUGGCUACCGUUCGCGCGGGCGGCGGCCAUUGGUUGGGUACCGAUAGCCACACAUCCACUGCCACCGCCGCCAGUGCCGAAAGAUCGUCGUAAGAUCGAAGAUGAAAAGCUACAGAUAAACGUCUCAGGGCGACGUUUCGAGACGUGGCGAAACACGCUGGAAAAGUACCCGGACACGUUGCUGGGCUCGAACGAGCGUGAUUUUUUCUACGACGAAGAAACCCGAGAGUAUUUUUUCGACCGAGAUCCGGAUAUAUUCAGGCAUAUCCUAAACUACUACCGGACCGGUAAGCUGCACUAUCCGAAACACGAAUGCCUGACCAGCUACGACGAGGAGCUGGCCUUCUUCGGUAUUCUGCCCGAUGUGAUCGGCGACUGCUGCUACGAAGACUAUCGCGAUCGUAAACGCGAAAACGCCGAACGUCUAAUGGACGAUAAACUGUCGGAAAACGGUGACCAAAAUCUGCAGCAGUUGACCAACAUACGCCAGAAAAUGUGGAGGGCUUUCGAGAACCCGCACACGUCGACGGCCGCCUUAGUCUUUUACUACGUGACCGGAUUCUUCAUCGCUGUAUCUGUAAUGGCGAACGUCGUCGAAACCGUACCGUGCGGCCAUCGUCCAGGUCGCGCUGGUCCUCUGCCAUGCGGCGAACGUUAUAAAAUCGUAUUUUUCUGCCUAGAUACCGCCUGCGUUAUGAUAUUCACCGCCGAAUACCUGCUCAGAUUGUUCGCAGCGCCCGACAGAUGCAAGUUCAUUAGAAGCGUGAUGAGCAUCAUCGACGUCGUCGCCAUAUUACCGUAUUAUAUAGGUUUAGGUAUUACCGACAACGACGACGUUAGCGGAGCCUUCGUCACGUUGAGGGUAUUCCGCGUGUUUAGGAUUUUCAAAUUUUCCAGACACUCGCAGGGUCUUAGGAUAUUAGGUUAUACGCUCAAGUCGUGCGCUUCUGAGUUAGGAUUUUUAGUAUUCUCGUUAGCCAUGGCUAUCAUUAUAUUCGCCACCGUUAUGUUCUACGCCGAGAAGAACGUCUACGGUACUAACUUCACAUCCAUUCCAGCAGCGUUUUGGUAUACAAUCGUUACAAUGACUACCUUAGGGUAUGGUGAUAUGGUUCCUGAAACAAUCGCCGGUAAAAUUGUCGGCGGUGUUUGUUCGCUAAGCGGUGUAUUGGUGAUCGCGUUACCUGUACCAGUUAUCGUAUCGAAUUUCAGCAGAAUUUAUCAUCAGAAUCAGAGAGCUGAUAAACGUAAAGCGCAAAGGAAAGCUAGAUUGGCGCGUAUUAGGAUAGCAAAGGCUGGAGCGGGCGCUGCGUUUGUUAGCAAGAAGAAAGCUGCAGAAGCUAGAUUAGCGGCUCAAGAAUCCGGUUUAGAAUUAGAUGAUAAUUAUAGAGACGAGGAUAUAUUCGAAUUACAACACCAUCAUCUGCUACGAUGCCUCGAAAAAACUACCGAUCGAGAAUUCGUAGAGUUAGAAACGCCAUAUAAUGGCCAACCCAAAAGACCCGGGUCACCCUCACCACUAAUAAGUCCAUCGCAUUCUGGACUUGUUCAUUCCGGUAUGCUAAGAGCUUGCUACGCUCGUUGUUGCGGAGGACAAAGAUACCAGAAACGCCGUCGAAGAUGUUCAGAGGAAUCACAUACAAACGAACAUGAACUGAGUGAAGAUCACAUGAGAAUAGACAUUUCCAAAGCCAGGACAGCAACCGAUACGCCUGAAUUUAAUGUAAAAAGCCAGCGAAGUUCGAGCGCUGUCGCAGGUUCAACUUCCUUAAUAUCAUUAAAUAAACCUAACUCAACGACUUCGUCCAAUAUUACCGCAUCCGUACUCGUAAAUUUACCAACGUCUCACGGUAAUUCGGAUAUCGAUUUUAGUUCGUCGUCGCAUCUGCCAUCGCCGGCCGGAACAUCAGCGGACCAACAACCAGAAAUUCGAAUAACGUUUCUGUAAAUUUUAAUCCUAUAAUAUUUAUUCAUUUUCUUUGUUUUUUUGUUUUUUUUUUGUUUCGUCUCGUUUACGUUUUUAUUUUGUUUUUCGUUUUUCCAACGAGCUAUAUAUCAAAACACCAAAGUUCGUCACUGUUAUCUCUGUUCAAUUUUCAAAAAACAAAAAUGAAAAAAUUACAUUGCCCUCCUGGAUACCGAUUUAUACCUACCUACCUACCUACUUAUUUUACUCAUAGUCUUUUGGUUUUUUUUUUGUUUUGUUUUUUUGCUCCAAUUCGCAGCAACGUUAUUCUCGAACAGAAGUAGAAUUUCGGUUACAUUUUAUCUUUAAAACUAAAUACUUUUAAACGAAUUUUAUUCUAAGUUUUGUAUUUCUUUGCAAUUUUAUUCGAAAUAAGACUUGAUAACUUAUUGUGAACAAAUUUUACGUUUAUUCGUUAUACUUACAUGAGCGAUUUUUUUUGUUGUUUCUUUUAUUUUAUUUUUUUUUUGUUUUUUUUUUCAAGUUAAUUUUUAGUAUUACAUCUACGUUAGGUAGAUUUUCGUAUAAAAACGUUUAUUUUUUUUGUUUCGUUUCGUUUCGAUUCCUAUAUUUUUUUAUUUACCUCUCUACGUGCUUCCAAAAUAGAAAACGUCUUCUCCUCCAUCCUUUUUGAAGAGAAAUUUACCGAUUCUUUACUUAAGGGUUAAUGUGACAUUGCCACUAACUGAGAUGAGGAAAUUUUUAUUCGUUCAUUUCUUUUCCAUCCACUUCACCAUUAUUUUUUAAGCCAAGUAAAAUACAUAUUUUUGAGGGCUAGCCGUGAUUAUCUAGUUCCACCAUUGAAUUAUACAACUAGAAUGAAUGAUGAAAACGAGCUCGGCUACAGCAAUUCGACGCUGUUUGAGAGUUUUUAAUUGAUGUUUUUUAAUUAAGAAUUAUGACCGAAAGUUGAAGUUUUUGUAUAAACUUUUUAGACUUUGAAUGAAAAAUUAUUAAAGCUAGAGAUACAGAUACGUGAGUAUAUUAUUUUCGCGAAUCGUUGCCUCGAAUAUGAUAGAAAUGUUGCCUAAUGUUUGUUCCAAAGGAGCUAAGUAGUUUUAAAGUAAGAAUAUUUUCCAACAUUGAGUAAUUUUUGAUACGUUUUCAAAUUAAAAUUACUUUUUAAAAAAUAGUUGUUUAAUUUUUGAAUGGAUUUGAUUUUUGCUUCAAAUGAUCCAGAUUCCAGAUGUGAUGUUGUUGAAUUUCAGAUGAAUUAGAGAGGAGUUGUGUAAAUUUUUUUCAGUUGGAAAUUUUAGAAAAUUAUUGGUAUACUUCAUACCCCAAAUUAUGACUACCUAAUCAAACAAUUUCAUGAAAAAUUAAAAAUUGGGCCUUGAAAUUUAAAAUUGAUACCAACACAAUUUAAUAGGUCUGGUUCAUGUACCCAAGUAUCUCCUCGAUUUGGGUAUUUAGCAAGCAUGGUCAUUGGGUCAUUCCAUCUGAAAACACUUUUCAUGAAGCCUUCCAAUUAUGAAACCAAAUUAAUCAAAAUAAUAUAGACAAUUUUUAUGAUCGGAAAUCAAAAAAAAAUGCUAAUCAGUUGGAAAUUAUCAAAAAAAAAAACGUAUUUUGUUCCAAAUUUUUAAAAGUUGCAAAAUUUAAUGCCGACUAUUUGAAAUGAAAAAUAUGGUUUUCCCUUUUCUGAAUAAGAAUUUGUCGCCUUUAUUUCGCUGGAAAUCUGUACAAAUUUCAAAUUUUGAUUUCCACAUUUAAUUUUGUACUUUUUUUUUAUGGCUUUUGGUUUCUUUUUGAACAAAAUCUCUCCGAAUAACUCCCCCCCCCCCCCCCCCUCAAAAUCUUUAGUAAGGUUGGCUUUCCUUUUUAAACGAAAAAUCUUCUGAUUACCUCCCCUCUCAUAAUUUUGUUCUAAAUCUUCUUAAAUUUUAAAAUUUGAUGUUUAGGUAAGAAAAUUCAAAAAAAAAUAAAUCAGUAUUGCCCCUUUUUUAAUCUGAAAUUUUCUCCUUGAAAAUUGUCAAAAGUUUAAGUAUAAAUUCUACGUCCCUUUUUAGAGCCUCAAAAAUUUACAAAAUUUUAAGCACAAAAUUAUGAUCAAAAUUUUUCUUUUUUUAUUUGAAGAAAAAUUUUCAAUUUUUUUUAGUUUUUCAGAAUAUGUACUUACUCCAUUGCAAAGGUCUUAAAAAUCAGAAAUAUUGAAAAUUUUCGGUGAAUAAUAAAAUAACUUGUGCAGUGACCUCCUGAUCAAAAACCAACCAUGACCAAAAAUCGAUUUACUAUCGAUUUUCAUCCCAUAUGAUCGAUCAAUAAUUCAUCAUAUCAAAAAUAGACUUCUAGAUCAAAAAACCUUCCACGACCGAAGAAGGAUUGAUCGAACAUCAAAAUCGAUUGUUAGCGAUUUUCGAUCAUGUUUAUGGAGUUAAUUCGACCUCAGCUUCAAAAGCAAUUCGAUUAUGAUAAAAAAUCGAUUAACCCAAACUUUAAAAAUAGAUUAAUUUCCAAUUCGUAAUCAUCACUUGUUUUGCAUUGUUCCAUUUCAGCCUUGGUUUUGUUGGUCAAAAAAAAGACUAAAAUCACAUUUCCUCUCUGAAAAAGCGAUUUUUUGAUCAAUCAAUCGAUUUAGAUUAUAAAGAGUGAUCUUUUCAAAUCGGUGCUUGUUUUUAUUUGAAAAAAAUUGAUCAAAAUUACAAAUAGGUACGUCUUUGUUUCAGAAGUUGACCUAUUGAAAAUUAAUAAUAUUUUUCAUAGAUCGAUUUUUGAUUUUCGAGUUUGAUCUCAACAAGUAUCAAUUUAGAACUCUCGAAAUUCAUCAAGAAUUUGAGAAAAAAAUUAUGUUGGCAUUUUUUGAACAUUUUGAAAGGAAUUCUAGCACAUGAGCUCCAAUUCGGGCUUGUAAUGACCCUUCCCUUUCUUUCAAUUUUUAAACCAAAUCUUUUAUCAAAAUUACUUACUUAUGCUAAAAACGAAUAUCUACCAAAAAUUAUCGAGAAUCUCGAAAAUUUGUCAUUCCAAUUUUGGUUGACCAUCAAUCAGAAUAAUCGAUGGUUUAAAAACGUAAAAUUGAUUAUUUGUUGAAUGAGAGGAGAAGGGAGGGGUGAAAUUGAAGUAAUGGAACUGCUAUCAAUAAAACUGGCUCAAGAUAUUUUAAGCAAAGAUCUCGAAUUAUUUGAUUUAAGCCCUGACAUUUUUCCUUGCUCUCAUUUUCUAGGUAAGUAUAGAUUUUAAAAACUCACCCAAAUUUUAUGUAGGUAUGGUAUAAAUAUGCAUCAUUUUUCAUUUUUUGAGUAAAAAAACGUUCGAAUUUCUUUGCAUCCUUCACAUAAAUGUGAUCAAUAAACCAUACUUGAAAGUCGAAAAGGAUCAAUAAAUUUUCAAACAUUUCAGGUGAAUCAAAGACUAACGGUUUCGUUGAAACUUUAAUGCCCAGCUCAAAAAUUUGAGAUGAUUUCAAAAACCACUAAAAAUACCUUUUCAUUACGAAGUUUUGAUCUCCCUCUCUCUUGAGAAAAUCCCUCUGAAAAAAAUUACUCGACACUCGAUAUCUAACCGAGCUCGUUUUCAUUCCCCAAGCGAAAGACACGUUGCUGGUAAAUUAUUUUCUAAAAAUGCUCAAAUAUAAUUAACAUAUCAUUUAAUCAAUUCUACAUAUUGGAAAAUGGGUUUUCAAAGAGGGGGGAAAAAAAGAAAAGAAAAUCAAACGAAGAAAGUCCAAAGUGAUAUGAUGAUAUUAUGAAAUGCAGAAAAUAUUCGCUUCUUUAGAACGACAUCGCAUUUAUUACCUUGUAUGACCUUGAAUUUCAGAGAAUUAACCGACGAGAGGGCUUGGAAUCUAGUGUUAGACCUAAGACAUUAGAAAGAAACGUUAGAUUCGUCGAUGAAAAACCAAACGAAAAUUACUAAAUGUCGCCAGGUAUUGUAAUAGUUAUACGUGGGGUAACCAGUAUCUAUAAUAUCUUUCUUGUACUUUGUAUUAUGUUGAGAUACACCCCAUGUAUUCUAUCUUAAUAUACUUGAGCACGAGCGUAGUAAUCGCACAGUAUUUUGGAAUUCUUGACUCUUUUGUUUUUAUUUUUAAACUGUCAAUCUCGUAGUGGCAAUUUGUUUCUUAAUUUCAGAUCUUAUGUACCUAAUAAUGCACUCGAUUUAAUCUGUACUGUAUUAACGGCCGUGGUAAUUCUGCUAAUUGCACUUUCUUCGGUAUUUUUUGUGCAUAAUGUAGGUAUACUACUUUCGAAACGCAUGUUUACGAGCCUUCGUUUCAAUAAUUAACGAGACUGAUAGGAUUUAUUGAGGACGAUUUUUCUAGGAUUUUUGAAUUUACUCGUAAAUCGCGAGAUAUAUGUAUGUAUAGGUACUCGAGUAUCACACUCACGCAUGUCACAAUAUGUUUCGAAAUACGGUUCUAAUUACUCGAAGAAACAAUAGCAACUGCUCGAAUAUUCAAAACAGUGUUUUUUUCUUCUUAAUCACAUUCAUUGAUACGGACUUGUUGACACAUGUUUAAACGCCUUCAAUAUAAGUAAUGGACCUUGAAAUACUAGCAGCGUAUGAAAAAUAUUCGCACGCCAGUUCUAACUUUCAAGACUAAGCGACGCUAAUCACAAUAAUUAUCGCCAUUUUACACAAAACGGAACCGAAUUACAACAAAAAACGGAAAUCUCCGUAAAUUAUUAGGUCUGUUGGCGAGAACGCAUGAGAAUGCACGAAUUGAAUGUAAACAACCGAUUGUUUUAAUGCAUUUUCAAUUUUCCACCAGACACGGUAGCUCUCGACUACCUGUUUCGUGCGAUAAUUUCCUCGCUGGUAUGAGUCACACACUACACUGUAUAAGUAGGUACGAGCAGUAGUUUUCUUGUCGAAAAAACACGCCCUGGUCGUGUUCUGAAGCAGGCAACUUUCUCAACUCCAAAGAGCAGUGAGUUGAAUAGGAUGAAAAAUUGAAGGCGUUUGGAUUUGAUGAUCUCAUUGACCUUUUCUUGAAUUAGCACUCAGGGAGUCAGAAUGGACAGUUAUUGAAACGACGAUUCUUUAUUAUUUUGGGUACCUAAUUUAAUCCUGAACAUCGUCAAAAGUAUGCACCUACUUAGAUGAAAAUACGUAGGUAACUUGAUCUAAAACUGAAGCCUUUAGGUUUUUAAAAAAAAAUAUUUUCGUCUCCAAUUUCUUCGCGAGCACGCGUAGGUAAGAUGUAUGAUCUUAAAGGUAUUCAAUUACUUUUACCCCUCUUCCUUGCUCACUGAUUCAAUGCAUUUGCAUACGUACAGAUAUUCUUCAGUUAAUUUGAAGCCAUUCAGCUGAUUCAAAUAUUGUUCUAAGUACAUAAUUACUGCUCGUAAAAUCAAAACUCUCGUAUUUCAAGUACUCCCUCCCCCUCCCCCUGUUGAUUGAAUUAAAAAUUCAUUUUUUGAGACAUACAAAAUAUCUUCUUAGGUUGGGUCGUUCUUCAAUUUUUUUUUUCAUGUUGAGAAUGAUCACAAAAAGAUUAUUAUUUUGAAUAAAAGAACUGCUAUUUUGAAAAUAAGGAACUAGUUACGGUAUUUAACAAAACACCACUCAAGUAAACUAGAAAAAAAAUGUAUAAAAAUUUGAGUUCUUGCUGAGUAGGUUAAACAUUGACCCAAAAAUUUGACAUUUCUCCCACAUUCUGUUGAAGUUAUUUGGACAUCAUUUUUGCUGAGGUCCAUCAAAUUUCAAAAUAAAAAUUGAAAAAAGAACGAUGUAUUUUUGCAUCUCUAUAUUUUUUUUCAUCCCAAUUUCCAUUCAUUUUCAAUUUUUCUGCACCAAAUUCCAAAAUAUUUUUAUUUAUUUUUUUUUACUCAUAAACGUGACCAGUUUUAUUACAGCCAUUUCUUUUGCAAAUCAAAAGACAGCACUUUUUUUUUUUCAAUUUUUAAUACCACCUAAAAGUUAGCAGUACCUAAUUAUCGAACAUGAAUUCUUAUACCGGUAUCAAAGUUUGAAAAAAUCACCCUACCUACCUAAUUUCACAAGGCGAUUUUUUAAUUGAUAAAAUCAUUUAAUUUGGUUUUUUUUUUGAAAAAAAUUAACGUAUCUACGAUCAAGGAGACUUCAUUGGGUAAAAUAUAAAACCAACUGAAUACAAUAUUUUUGAUUUUUUUGGUCUCCAUUCUAACUCGUUUUAAGGUGCUUUCUAGUGAAUAAUCCAAGAGGCCUGUUCACAUGAUUUAUGAAAAUCAUACCUAUCGAAAAUGCUCUUUAAUUUCAUUAGAAAAAUUUCGGAUUUUUUUGUAAGUGCUCAAUUUACUUAAAUCAAGAAAUGAGAAGAGUCAAAGUUUUUGAAACAUUCUACGCAAAAGUAAUCAGAUUUAGAAAAUAACGUUCUAUUGUAUAGGUUUGAAAGUAAGAGAAAAUUCAAAAAUUUCGACCAAAUAGUGAAGAUAUGAAAUUAAAAAAACUCGAAGAAAAAAAAUUGAAAAGAAAAGUGACCUUUUGAAAAAAUUGAAUUCAACGAAGAAAAAUUGAAAAUUUUCAAAACUUUAAACAUUUUUUGGAGCCUUGAAGCUGAAAAAUGCAUCUGAUACUUUUACCAAAUGACACAGAAAGCAAUAUUUUUUAGGGUGGAGGGAGAGCUAAUUAUAAUUUGAAGGGAAAAAAACAUGAGAUUUAAUUUUAAAAAGUAGGUAGCCAUUUCAAACAACGAAAAAAAAUCAAAUCCUACAAGUGUCAACCAUAGAAUGAUGAAUAGGUAACUAAAGAGCACAGUGCAAAUUCAAGAAAAUUUCAACUUUCUAACUACAUACCGGAGAAAAAAUAUUAGAAUGAUUUCUUUCUGAGAAAUACUGCCUAGAGAAAGUGAAAUAAAACAUUUGGAAAAGUUAAAUAUUAUCAAUCACAUUGUUUGAAUUUGGGGUGGGGGGGGGGGGGUGGAAAAUGCAUUCGACACUUUUAACCAGUGGUAUAACAAUUCAUAUUUUUGGAAGGGAGGCUGAGAAGAGGAAGAAGUCGUCCACCAAUGAACCAAGUCAAAAAAUUUUAAUUAGGUACCAAUAAAGAUUAAAAAAUUGCAAAAUUUAAUUGAAGUAAUCUGUACCGUCUUAUCAUUUUUCAAGGGAGAAUCUCAAAAAAAAAAAACCCAACAACAAACAAAUUAAACAAAUUCUUGCCAGAAAAUCCUGCCAGGAGAAAACGAAACCAAAAUUUUGAACGUUCUUAGUCAUUUUUUCGAAUUUGAGGUGCUUGAGAAUGCAUCUGAAAAUUGUAUCUAGUGAGGUAUAGUAAACCCUUGUUUUAAGUGGGAGGGAAAUAUCUUUGAAAUUCAAACUUCAAAAUCAUAAAUUUUUCAACUAAAUACAAAAAAUGAAAAUUUUUCGUUAUCAAUAGUCUUGAAACCUAAACUUUUGCAAAUUUUGAAGGUAGGUAAAUUUUUGUCUAAUUUCUCAAAACAAGAAAUCUUAUUUCGUGAAAUUGCCUAUCUUUAGACUUUGAAAAAACUACGGAAAAUAAUUUACAGAAAUUUUGGAGUAACCUUGGAAAUUCAUUUUUCCACAGUGCCUUCAAUUUCAAAGAUGGACUAUUUUGUAAGAGAAACUCUGUUGUUUGCCUUGAAAAGUUGGACCAGAAACCAUGUAAAAAAUUGAAUUUUUGAAAAUUCAUAUUUUCAUGCGCAUACAAUUUCCAUAUUUUGCUUACGUCAGAACCCCUAAAUACCUAUUGGGUUCCAGUUUCCCUAAAAUGCUCGUUCUGAUCAACGAUCAUCAUUUCUGACCGUUCGUUCCCUUCUUGGCUCAAAAUUUUCAUUCGAGUAUUUAUUUGAAUUCAAAAUGAAAAAUUAUCUACCUUCCUACUUAUUUUUGCUUAUCAAACAUCAAUAUUUCCUACUCAAUCAUUCUACUGAAAAAAAAAAAAAAAAAAAAAAACAUUCAAAAACAAUUAAACGACACAAUUUAAUAUUCAUGAAAGAAAAAAAACAUCAAAAUUUGGAAGAAAAAAUAUUCAUUCUUUAUUCUACUCAUUCUUGACCGAAAUUGCCACAAAUUUACCCUUAAAAUGCAACCCUGUAAUAUUUAUUGUCGACCAUUUGAUGCAUUGCUGCAAUAUUUCAAAAAAAUCGUCUCCAACCAUUGCAGCAGCCUACCAAAAUACCUUAUUCUUGACACGACCACAAACACCCCCACCGUUCCCUCUCCAGCUUUAUAGGCAAACUCGGCCACAAAAAUUCCCACCUCUCGGGGUUUUCACGCACAAUUAAGCAUUAAAAAAAAUCAUAUAUCCAUCCAAGAUACGGAUCUUGUUAACUCAAACACCACAUCUAAUUGAUCUUGGCCAAAGCAGGGUUGCACUCGUAUAUAGAACACACAUACACGCGAGAAAAACAUUUGGAAUUAGAAUUGGCGCGUAAACGAGCAUUUAGCAUCGAACAAACACGUGUUAAUAGGAAAAUUUUUUUCACGAGGUAGCAUUGAAAAAACGUUAUUGAAACGAGGUCAAGAUUCCGGCCAUCGUCGCAAGGAUACAUCGGAACAAAUUGCCAUUACGUAUGUGACUUUGAAAAUAAGAAUUUUAAAUUAAUUUGGAAAUCGGUACUAAUAAGGCGUUACGUUUCACAUAAUUGCUAAUACGUGAAUAGGUACUCGCAUUUCAUAAUUUCGAGCCCUUUUUUUCUAUUUCAUUUUAUUUAUUUUUUACCAGCACAAUGAAACUAAAUGACAAUAUAGUAGGUGUAAAAUUGUGUACAAAGAAACACCUUUACAUGUACUCUCUCGCUUUAGUCUUCUUGUUAAUUUUUUUGAUUUUUUUUUUUUAGUUCUAAUUAUGUUAUAUUUUAGGUAAAAAAAAAUUUUCUCUCUCAUAGAUGCUACAUAGCUUGAGAAUCUUUAGCGAAAUGUACGUAUUUACGCGUGUUAUCGAAGACUUAUACGUCAACAACUGGGUUACUAGUUCGUAAUCCGUAUUUAUCCUAUAAAAACAGGGAUUAAUGCUCAAAGGUUGGAAAAUGUGUUCAAAGGUAUAAUUUCAAUUCUGCGAUGCAUUUCGCUAUUGGUUAACUUUUUCUAGAUUAUAUAAUUUUGUUACGUUAACAAAUUCUUUAUUCUAUACUCUUUUCUACGUAGUUACCUUUCUUUUUUUUUCGGGGAUCUUGUAACGUAUAAUAUGUACUGUGAUUUCAGAAACUAUAUAUAAUUAAUGUAUCGAGGUAUUGCCAAACAUGUGUAUGUCGUUCCUUUUCUUUGGAUCAUCUCAUAUAAUCAAUCGAUUCAAAAAUUCGGGACGCAUUUCGUGUUGCAAUUAUCUCCACUAUUAUUAUGUGUAUCGUUCUAUUAAAAACAAAAAAAAAAGAGAAAAAAAGGGGACAAGUUAGUGACCUUGUAUGGUAUUUAGAAUUAUAGGUAAACGUUAAUAUGGUAUUUGUUUUUAUCUAAUUCGCACUAUAUUAAAAAAAAGUGAUUUUUUUCCAACCUGAUUCAGUUAUAUACCUACAUGUUUAACAUUUACACGCUACAUUCCAUUAAGUAUUGUUUUUCUCUUAGCGAGUUUCCCUUCGGAAAAUUACACAUUUCGAGUACAUAUUUUCAAUAUUCACCUUUUCUUAAAAAUCUCAACGUUUUAAAAAUUAGAAAGAAAAUAUGGGUACCUAAGUCUAAGUAUGGUGGGAAAAAAGGGUGCGGUUGAAAAUUACUUUGCUUACUUUUUCUACACAAAAAGGAAAGUAAAUAAUGUAUUUUUUUCAAAUUUUGGCCAAUUUUUAAAAAUUGUAUUUUUUUGAAAAAUUAAUUCUUUGAUUGUAAAAUUAAUUUUAUGAAAUUUCAUUUUUCAUGUCCUCCUGGGGAAAAAAGAAAAAAAAAGAAAAAUAUUUCAUUUUUCAUGUCCUCCUGGGGAAAAAAGAAAAAAAAAGAAAAAUUAAUCUAGAAAAAUCAUUAUAUUUUUUUCUGGAAGAACAUGUUUAUUUUUUAAUAUGACAUAUUUCUCGAUUUUUGUUACUCCAAUCAAAGCUCUUCCAUUUCGAUUUUACUCCUUCAAAAAUAUUCAUACGAAAUACACGUUGAAUGAAAUCGAAAGGGAAACUCGCUACACUCUUAGCAGCCUAUAGAGAUACGUACCUACAGUAUAGGCUGCUAUGCGUUUAUUUUUUUACUUUUUUUCGUUUAAUUGUUUUCUGGGAAUUUUACCAAACCCUAGUUUAGGUACUUGUUUGUCGACUGAACUAUUAUAUGUGCCAUAUUAAACGAUAAACAGUGAAAAGUUUAAUUCGUGGAAACUUAAUAAUUUUCAAACCGUACGAAAUAUGAAUAAACCGCCAGUUCAAGCAAUUCAUUAUAAGCUAUUGUGUAUUUUUUUUUUCAACUGCAGACACACGACUUGAAUUUAAAUCAUGUACUUUUUUUAAAAAAUCGUCGAAUUUUUUUUCGUUUCAAUUUUUACGUUAAUGUUUCAGAAUAGUUGACCCCAGUUUUUUUUUUGAAUUCAAAUUUUUCGUUUUUAAUAUUCGAUAUUGAUUAAGCUUUGACCUUUGUUGUUUCUUACAUUCUAAUUACUUUAAACAUUACUUAGAAAAAGUAAUUAAUAUAAUUCAUUUUAUUUAUA